AAUUAGCCUCCAACUAAUAAAAAUAAAUGGAAAAAAAAUAAAAAUAAAAUAAAAUAAACAAUGAUCUCUUCCAAUGCUUGGGGAUCAAGUUUCUACCCAGGACUUGCCUAGUAGUAAGCCAUGCACUCAGUGGGUCGAUCACCAUUGUGAGACUUUUGUAGAGGAAUUUCAAGGAUAAAUGUCAACCUAGAGUUAGAAGUAAAUGCUCUAUAACAUAGCCUGUGCUGAUUCCUAAGGUCGGUACAGAAUGAAAUAACAAAGGGGAGAUAUCUGUGUAAGCAUGCCUUUCUUAAGUCUCUAACAGUUCUCUCUGAUUCACAGGACGUCUUCAGAGCCAUGCAUCCAGACCCUGACAUUGUGCAGUUGUACCUUAAACCACUGCUCAUUGGAGAGCUUGCUCCAGAAGAGCCCAAUCAGGAGAGAAACAAAAAUUCCCGGUUGGUGGAAGAUUUCCAAGAACUGCGGAAGACAUUAGAGACCAUGAAUUUGUUCAAUGCCAACCUGGGGUUCUUCUUCCUUCACCUCGCCCAGGUCUUGAUUUUGGAAGCCCUGGCUUGGGUAAUAGUGUGGCAUUUUGGCAGUGGCUGGCUUGUCACAAUAUUCAUUUCUUGUCUUCUCACGGUUGCUCAGGCUCAGGGUGGAUUUCUGCAGCAUGACAUGGGACACCUAUCCAUAUUUAAGAAGGCCAAGUGGAACCGCCUGAUGCAAAAAUUUGUGAUGGGUCAUCUCAAGGGCCUAUCUGCAAAAUGGUGGAAUGACCGGCACUUCCAACACCAUGUCAAAACAAACAUCUACCCCAAAGACCCAGAUGUUGAUCUAAGCCCAUUUCUUGUUAUUGGAGAUUUACAACCUGUCAAGUACGGCAAGAACAAAAUCAAAUUCAUCAACUACGAGAAGCAGCACCUGUACUUCAUGGUUGGGGUCCACCUUUUCAUGCCAGUAGCUUUCAACCUGAAAUCCAUGCAAGAGAUGUACCGGAGAAGGUAUUGGGAGGACAUUGCCUGGGUCAGCAGCUCUUACAUUCGCUAUUGCAUCACAUUUGUUCCUUUCUAUGGAAUCUUUGGAACCUUGGUGCUCAUGUUUUUAGUCAAGUUUCUUGAAAGUCCCUGGGUUACAUAUGUUACCCAGAUGAGCCACAUACCAAUGAAAAUGAGCAACGAGGAGAACCAGGACUGGUUCAGCACUCAGGUCCUGGCCACCUGUAAUGUUGAACAGUCCUUUUUCAAUGACUGGUUCACUGGGCACUUGAACUUCCAAAUUGAGCACCAUCUGUUUCCCACAAUGCCACGCCAUAAUUAUCACAAGGUGGCACCUCUGGUGAAGUCACUGUGUGCCAAGCAUGGACUGCCGUAUGUGAAUAAGCCCAUGUUGAAGGCAUUUGGAGAUAUUGUCAGGGCCCUGAAGAAGUCCGGAGCCCUCUGGAAGGAGGCUUACUGCACGCAUCCAGAAAUAUAAUGCAGAUGUGCAGGUGCUAAAGAGAAAACCACAGGCCCCAAAAGUGUCCCUUGUGAUAAAGUCCAUGAUACCAAACCUCUUCAAUACCUGACAUAAUUGCAGUUACAGCCUUCCUCAGAAAUGUUAUCUUAAUCAACUAGUCUGGAAUUUUUGGGUAGGCAAUGUGGUGGUGAUCUGUUGUGUUUUACUCCUGCCCCAUUCCUGCUCCUGGCCCAGAGAAA